AUGUCCACAAUCACGACGACGGCGCUGCAAUCGGGCCACGCGCCCAUCAUCCCCCUCGCCUUCAACUCGAACCAGCCGGAGACGAUCCGCCUCUACCCGCUGUCCAACUACACCUUUGGCGUCAAGGAGACGCAGCCGGAGGAGGACCCCUCGGUGAUCGCGCGCCUGAAGCGCCUCGAGGAGCACUACUCGCAGCACGGCAUGCGCCGCACCUGCGAGGGCAUCCUCGUCUGCCACGAGCACAACCACCCGCACAUCCUGAUGCUGCAGAUUGCCAACGCCUUCUUCAAGCUGCCCGGCGACUACCUCCGCCCCGAGGACGACGAGGUCGAGGGCUUCAAGUCACGCCUGGACGAGAGGCUCGCCCCCGUCGGGCGUAUCGGCGAGGGCGAGGAGCCCGCCGACUGGCAGGUCGGCGACUGCCUGGCGCAGUGGUGGAGGCCCAACUUCGAGACCUUCAUGUACCCCUUUGUUCCCGCGCACGUCACUAGACCGAAGGAAUGCAAGAAGCUUUACUUCAUCCAGUUGCCCAAGAGCAAAGUGCUCAGCGUGCCGAAGAACAUGAAACUCCUUGCGGUCCCCCUCUUCGAGCUCUACGACAACACGGCCAGAUACGGCCCCCAGCUUUCGGCGAUCCCCCACCUCCUCAGCAGAUACAACUUUGAAUUCGUCGACGACAACGGUAACAUCGUCGCUGCCACGCCUGGCUCCAGCGCGCCCGAGGGCUACGUGCCGAGGACCAAGGUUCUGGCCAGUGGCGACGACACGGACAUGCAGGAGGCCAAGGGGGACGACGAGAACGGCGAGCAGUAA